AUGCCAAACGACUUCGAUACUAAUACUCUUGUUGAUCAAGUUAAAUCUCGAGCUCGUUCACAGCGCUACAAUACAUGUAUUGCUUUUAAACAACAACGUCGAGAGAAACAUCCAGACUCUCGACAUUGGCGUAAAUGGGGAUAUUCGAAUAAUGGUCUUGCGCGCAGAUGUGCAAGUUGUGGAUGUUGUCCGAAAAAGUAUGCCAAUCGACGAAAACAUGGCAAUCAUACUUGUAAUGGAUAUAUGGGAGAUAACUGUCCAUCAACUCACGGACUUAGAAUGAAGAAAAGAGCACAAGGCGUUUUGGAAGAAAAGCAACAUAUACCACCACAACCUCAACCAUCACUUCCACCACUACCAACAGGAUCACCACCAGCACAACAAGAUACAACAUGA